AUGGAAGAAGAUAAGUGGGAAGGGAAGGCGAGUGUUGAGGUAGAAAGGUUAACAGUAGACCAAGUAUGGUGUUGCCUGGAGGAUUUUUGCAACAUACAUAAGUGGUUUCCUCAUCUCGAUUCUUGCUACCAAGUAGAGGGAGAGGCAGGACAUCCUGGCCUGGUUCGCUGUGUGGCCUCCACAAAACCCUCAUCCAGAUUUAAUGAGGGCAGCACCAGCAACAACAGCAGCAGGUGGACAAAAGAGAAGCUUCUUAUGAUCAAUCCCAUUGAUAAGUGUUUGAGCUAUGAGGUUCUUGAUAACAGCAAUCGAGUUAAGUUCUACGUGGCCACUGUCAAACUAUUUCCAGUUGAUGUUGAUUAG